UUUUAUAUAAAUUCUGUUUUUAUGACGGGGUGGUUAAUACCAAAUUACAACAGUUAUGAAACAAUGAUUGGAAAUUAAUGAUUAUACAAACAAUGUCAUUACUCUAAAAUGAUUGUUUAUCCUGGUAAAAUGGUUUAUCUUGUGUAAAUUAUUUCGGAUGAAGCUUUGCUCGAUGUUUAUUAUUUCAGCGCAGUCUCUUUAAAUCCGGUCCGGUGAUGUGACGUCACGCCGCAGCUGACCGUGAUGAAGCGCGAUUGAGUUUAUUCCUCUCCGUGAAACACGCAGUAAAAUCCUGCGGUUCGCGAUACGCUCGUGAUAUUGACAUCUUGCGUGUUUUAUUUUACUUCUUAAGAGUUUAUACAGUGUGCGCUUCACAGGAUCUCUAUUUAUUCCUCAGCAUCUUGACUCACGGCCAUGAUCACCUCCACACCGCUGGACAGCCGCGCCCCCGCCGCCGCGCGCUCCUCCAGGCGCAGCGGCGCGUCUCCGGCCAAUGUCAGCCCGACCCGUAUCACGCGCCUGCAGGAGAAGGAGGACCUGCGCCAUCUCAAUGACCGCCUGGCCAGCUACAUCGAGCGGGUUCGGCUGCUGGAGAAUGAGAAGUCCUCCAUGCAGCUCCUGCUGGAGGAGAAGUCGGAGACCUCGGUGCGCGAGGUGGGCAACGUGCGCCGCCUGUACGAGACGGAGCUGGCGGAUGCGCGCAAAACUCUGGACGCGACCGCGAACGAGCGGGCCAGACUACAAAUUGAGUUGACACAGCUGCAGGAAGAGCACAGAAAACUCACAGCCAGGAAUAAUAAGAAAGAGUGUGAACUGAACACGGCUGUCGGUCAUUGGCGGAACCUUGAAGCCGCUCUGAACUCUAAAGAAGCAGAUUACACAAAUCUACUGUCCACCAACCGCAGACUCGAGAAUGACAUUUCUGACCUCAAGACACAAGUGUCGAAUCUGGAGUCGGCCCUGCAGAACGCCAAGAGUCAGCUCAACGCUGAGCUGCUUCGCCGUGUGGAUGCUGAAAAUCAGAUCCAGACGCUUCAGGAGCAGCUUGACUUUCAGAAGCAUCUCAGCGACCAGGAGGUGCGAGAGAUGCGCAGUCGUCACGAGAGCCGGCUGAUGGAGCUGGACACGGGCAGACAGAAAGAGUUUGAAGGUAAACUCGUCGAAGCCAUGAAACAGCUCCGAGAGGAACACGAAAGUCACAUCCAACAGUACAAAGAUGAACUGGAGAAAACCUUCGCUGCUAAGCUGGAGAACGCGAAGCUGACGGCGGUGAAGAACAGCGAUUUCGCUUCUUCAACGAGAGAGGAGCUGGCGGGUACCAAACUCCGGCUGGAGGCUCAGUCUGCACAGAUCAACAUCCUCCAGAAACAGAACUCUGAGUUGGAGUCCCGGGUUCAUGAGCUGGAGCAGAUGCUGGAUCGAGAGAGACAGAUCCAUCAGCACAGACUCUCUCAGAAGGAUCAGGAGAUGGCCGACAUGAGACAGCAGAUGCAAGACCAGCUGGAGGAGUACCAGAACCUUCUGGAUGUCAAGCUCAUGCUGGAUAUGGAGAUCAACGCUUACAGGAAGAUGCUGGAGGGCGAGGAGAAGCGAUUGAAUCUUUCGCCGAGUCCGCUCCAGCAGUCGACCAUCUCUCGCACCCACUCACAUCCCGCUCGCAAAAACUGGGGAAAGAAACGCAAGCACGAAGGCUCGAGUAGCGGCCUCUCGCCCAACUACAAGUUUUCCCAGCAUUCCUCCUCUCGAGGACACGUGUCCAUAGAUGAGAUUGACCUGGAGGGAAAGUUCAUCAAACUCAGGAAUAAUUCUGAGAAGGAGCAAGCACUGGGCGGCUGGGUGUUGAGGAAGAGUCAGCCGGACGCACCUGAUAUCAUCUUCCAGGUCCCGUCCUCUUGUGUGCUGAGUGCUGGUCAGAUGCUGACGGUCUGGGCAGCAGGUGCAGGCGUGGAGCAGAACUCUGUAUGUGAUCUGGUGCUGAAGACACAUGACACGUGGGGUCCGUUUGGUGAAGUCCGAGUGUCUCUGAUAAACCCACAGAAUGAGGAAGUAGCGGAGUUCUGUCUGGUGUGUGUUCACGGACAAGCUGAUGAAGAUCCAGACUGUGAUGAAAACAUGGUGACGCCUGAUAUUCACCUGCGACGACAGCCUAAAAGACGGAAAAAGAAAUGUUGCUCUCUGUCGUGAUGCGUCUCAGAGCAGACGCGUCUGCAGGUUAAGAGUCAUCAUCAGGAUGCCAGCUGUGUGGUCAUGUGAGAGACUCGGCUGUACCAUCCAGCAAGAAUUUAAAGACGAUCCGUCCGUUAACUUUCUGAACUAACUUAUUUCAUAAAUGUCCUGUCAAGAAAGUUUCGUUUUUACAUUGACUUAUUUGUUGCUGUUUGUUCUACUAAAUAAAACUG